AUGCGAUUCCGAUUGAUUUCGCCUAUUGAAAUCAGUUUGUUUCCCCGUGUUAUCGCACAUUCUGAAUCUCGUUUACAGUCACUGUAUUUUCACGGUGUCGGAUCUGAUCCGAAUUAUGGUUCAUUUAUCAAACCUCAAAACCGUCCAGACGUUGGUAUCUCGCUGAUGAGCUACGAUCCUGAUUCUGCUUAUAGUAGCGUUCUAAUUAAUUCGAAUCGACCAUCAUUCUCUCAACAACCACAACAACAAUAUUUAUACAAUAAUUAUAACGGAUUGCAGAGGCCAAAUACGAAUAAUUAUCAUACUAGACCUAAUAAUGCCUACCCGCCCGGGAGUCAAGGAUGGUAUGCAACUGGUGGUAAUUACUGGCAUAAUAAGGGGCAGUGUCUUAUUCAGCAACCGUUUAUUUUAAUGCUGAGCAUUCUGGUUUUAAUUGUUUGUACAUAA